UCAGCAAUAGUUUUGCAAUUGUUUCCUGCUAUAUAUUAUGUCAAAGGUGGUCGAAAAGUAGCAUUCAUGGUCAUAUAUUUAAAACUUGCAUAUGAUGAAAGUAAUAUCUUAAUGCAAUGUUUAAGUUAUGCAUUUUUUCUAUAUAUACAGCUGCUAUUAAUAUUUCUGAUUUCAUAUAUGUAACUGAUAUUAAUAUAAAAUUAUUUUUCUAUUUUUAGACAGUGGAAGCAACUAAUAGCAAUUUAUUCAUUGCUUGCCAGUCCUCUCAACAGCCUUUAGCAAUCAACGAAAUUAGCAUUACUGAACUAACUUUAGCACUUCAAGCACAUAUGAGAUUUUCAAUAGUACCUAGCCCAUUUGUCAUACGCUAUGGUAAUGUAGGUUAUAAUGUAGAUAAUAGGAAUGCUUUUGAACGUAGAUCAUGUAGCCUUAAUGUGUUUUCAACUGCACACACACAAAUUGAUUAUGUGCAUCAUUUGGUUCCUGAUUUACUUGAAAUUACCAACUGCAGUUUCUAUUGGGGGAAAAUGGAUCGUUACAAAGCUGAGAAGCAACUGGACAAGAAACCAGAAGGAACAUUUCUGCUGAGGGAUAGUGCACAGGAAGAAUUUCUAUUUAGUGUCAGUUUUCGACGUUAUGGACGCACUCUGCAUGCACGUAUUGAGCAGCUGAAUCACAAAUUUAGUUUCGACUCUCAUGAUCCCAAUGUCUUUACAUCUUCAACAGUGUGUGGUCUCGUAGAGCACUAUAAAAAUCCCCGAUGUUGCAUGUUUUUUGAACCCAUGCUGACAAUACCAGUACAUCGUACUUUUCCUUUUGAUUUGCAGCAUUUAUGUCGUGCUGUGAUAUCUGACUGUAUUAGUUAUGAUGGAAUCAAUGAAUUGAAAUUGCCUAAAAAAAUCAAGGCUUACCUGAAGGAAUAUCAUUACAAACAGAGAGUGAGAGUCCGUCACCUUGAAAAUGAUAAUUUAGUUUAAUUAACAUCAAUGUAUUAGAGAUGUGUAAUUAUUCAGAUUCAUCAAAUAUUAAAUUAUAGCAAAUUAUUCCUCCUCUUAAGCAAAUACUGAUAGAUGUUUUUUAAUCAUGCAGGGUUUUAUUUUCGUAGUUUCUAUUGAAACAUGUUAAAAACAUACAGAAAAGUGAUUAAAAUUAUGUGAACAAAAAAUGCUAAUAAUGUAAAUCUAAAAUUGAAUAUAACACACUUAUAUCCUCAUUUGAGCUUUUAGGAAGCGGAACUGUAUGGAAUUUUAAUUUUUCAUCUUUGUACAUGUCAUCUUUUUAUAAGGGAAAAGGACAAUUUUUAGUUAUUUUAUUUUUAUAUUGUGAUGAGGCAAAGUGACGUUAUUUAUUCUUGAGAUUAUAUGUUGUAUAUAGUAAUAAGGGAUUCAUUAAAAUCAGCUUUUAAUGAAAAAUUAAAUUAUUUUUAUAAAAACAAGAAAAUGUUUGAAAACUUGUAUGUGUAUGUAACUUGGUGGUAAUAUUAUUUGAAUAAUUAAUCAAUUAUUUUUAAUUUUUCAAUGUAUAAAUUAUCUUUAUUUUUUUAAUUUUGCAUUUAAAUUUUAUUAAAUGUGUAUCUGUCUUAUAAUUAUUACAUGAAUUUUGGUGAUAAAUCUCAUUAUAUCUGUUUCCAAAAGUACAUUUAAAUGUACUGACGUAAAAAUAAAUUUGAAUCUAGUAAGAUUUAAACAAAGGAUUUUAUUUAAAUCCUUUGUCUUAAAUGACAAAUGUUUAUACGGUACGGUGUCUGAGAUCCGGUAAAUUGCCAGGGCUUCAGUCUCUCAAGAUUUAAGAUUUUUGGUAACAUAACAUGUAAACAUGUCAACAGUAGAGCUUUGCUAAGUGUUAGUUCAGGUAGGAGAAUGCAAACCCUACCACAGGGCUGGUUGCAAAAAAAUUUAGAAUUUACAGGAGCACCAAGCAGCAAAAAUUUAGGAUAAGUACUAGGGAGCAGAAAUUAGGACCCGCUGAAGUUGCAAUGAUCAGCAAAAUGCAUAGUGUCACCCUUGCCUCUCUUGACAACCACUUGAGGGCUAAAAGUGUGAUCCUGACCAACAUCAGUAUGCUAUCAAUCAGUGUAUUGUUAUUCGCGACCAUGCUCCAGGAGGUGUUUGAAAAUGACAUGCAUAAAUCUCAGUUCAGAGAAAAAUUGCAUUUUAUGGCACGCCUGUUCCACCCCCUGUCUUUUUUGGUUUGUUUGUUUUCAGCAGCACUAUAUUCUGCAUUCCUAGAUUUUGUUUGGGAGAUUAUGAUUUUAUUUUGAGUUUGUACAGAGAUCCGGAUUUCAGACUUUGUACUGUAAUCUUAUUCGGCGAGUUUGUUGUACAUUAUUUCAUAGCUGCCAACUCUCCUGGUUUUCCAUCAUAUCAUCCGGUAGGUGACCGAAUCUCCAUUUUAAAUUUUGAGUCUUUAUUUAGGAAAGUAAUUCCCAAGAAUAAAUGAAACUUAUUAAUUUAAUUCAACUUAACAUGUGAAAAUUCCAUUUUAACAGAAUAGUAUAGACAUUAAUUUUAUUCCCUUCAUAUUUCAAAAUAUUUAUUUCAUAUAUUUAAAAGAACUUUGAUAGGUCAAAGCUUUUUUUCAAUACUCAGGAUUAUCUCAACAGAAAAGAGUAAGAAAAUUGCAGAAUGAAAUUAACGAAAGAGUAUAAAACUUGGACUAUCUAAUUAAAUAUGAAUUACUUUACGACAUUUAACAUAUUUAGAAUCGCAUUAUAGAUUAGUAACUUGAAUUAUGCAUUAUAAAGUAUAUUUCAAGUUCUUUUGAAAUGCUUUUGUUGCAAGUUUCGAGAAAUUCCCGGUUUUUUGUACUUCAAGGUUGGCAGCUAUAUUACUUACAUGGCUUUUUCCCCAUUGUUUUUGUUAUUUAUAAUUCAAGCGAAAUGUAAUAAUAAAUUUUUAUUGGUGAUUUUUGUUUGAAGAAUUUAGAUUUAUCAUUAUAUUCAUUUACAAUCUUGAUAAUGUUUGUAUUGGUAAUAUUUAUGGAAAAAUUUGAAUGUGUAAUUGAUAUAAAUAUUGAUUAUUUUUUAAUAGUAUAAAACUAGAUUGCAUGUAAAGUUGAACUUCAUUGAACUUGUAUUAAUUUACAAUCUCAUUUAUUGUAAGUAAAUUAUUUAAGAAACGUUUAAUACCAGAUAUAAUAAAUACUUGUAAAACUAUUAUUUUCCCAUAUAAAUUUUAUUAUCUGCAUGUAUAUGCAUGUAUGUAUGUUUAACCUCACCAGAUUAAUUAAUACUGCCUUGAAAGAUCUGAAUGCAUAAGAUAACUAACUGUUGAUUGUCUUUCGUUGUGACUAACAUUUUUUAUCUGUUAUGCAACUGUAAAUAUAUCUGUAAAUUUGUAUAAAUUUUCAUGAAAAUCAUAUUGAAUAGAUUCUAGGGUAAAAUGAAAUGUAUGCAAAUUUUUAGGAAAGGAAUUGUUUGUGUGCUCUGCCGAAGAGAAGAUAUUAAUCCAGUGCUUUCCAUAUCAGCUAAUCCAUUUGGCUGUUUCUUUUAGAGGGUAAAAAUCAUUCAUCUGUAUCAUAUUUCAUUAUAAACAUACAACAACAUAUUAAAAUGCAUUUAAAAUUGAAGAUCUGAAUAAUAUUUAUCAAAUAUGCAAUCUUGCAGAAUUAUGCAUAUAAAGUUUGGUUAAACAAAAUAUAAAUACCACUGAAAUGAAAAGAAAAUAUCUUGUUAUCUCAAUGUUUUGUUGGAAGUACAGAAUAUAUGAAAAGAUGAAGUGCUGUACAUCUUACUUUAUAUUCUAUAUUUCCAGAAAAACUGUUUGGUGAUCUGCAUUGAAGGAUUUAAACAAAGAGCUGUGAUUUUGGACAUCUUUAAACAUAUAACUGUACCAAAUAUAUAAAAAAGGAAAAUGGAAAAAAAAAAAAAAAAAAUCUGUUUAGUAAUUUUGUGUUGUAAGGUUUCUGUGUUUUGCACUUAAAAAUACAAGUUAAUUAAAAUGAAAGUUUUGUUUUGUGCAGAUUAUUAUAGAUUGAAUGUAUUUUAGCUUGUAUUCGGUUUCUAAUGGUUAGGUUGCUUCGUAUAAAAAGUAUCUUAUCUUUAUUUUAUGUAUGUAACAAGGCACAGUUACAACAUGUUAUGCCAGGUAUUUUCUAAUAAAUUUUUUUUAAAUGC